UACCUCUCGACGACACCAUUUGCCAUUUACAUAUCAUCCGUCUGCCCGACGGACAAUGUCUGGCCAUGUAGAGGAACCGAAGCGCUUCGAGCCCAAGGAACCCGUUACUCUGGAUCCACCCAAGGACGAUCCCAUAACGCUGGACUACCUCUCCAAAUGCGACGGCACCAACGACGGCUUUCCCACCCUGGUUGCAAUCAAGGGAACUGUCUUUGACGUAAGCGGCAACGCUGCGUAUGGUGCGAAAGGCCAGUACCACGUAUUCGCCGGUAAAGAGCCCAAUCGCGCCCUAGCUCAGUCGUCCCUGAAACUCGAAGACUGCAUUGCCGAUUGGGAGAACCUCGAUGAUAAAGAGAAGGGCGUGCUCGCCGACUGGUUCACCUUCUUUAGCAAACGGUACAAUAUUGUCGGAAAACUCAAGCCGGAAGGAGGUGUAAACCUCUAGUCUUCUUCCCCGCAAAUCGAAGACUUGGUGUCGCAAUGGGGUACAUGUGGGGAACUUCUCAUUGAUUCCGUGUGGAAGGCUCUAGAGCAGUUGAGCCACAUGCCUAUCUAUCUCGUGUGCCAUGAACAACGGCAUGGAGGGUGCUCCUGUAAAGCCUCAACAGCCAACAGUGUGCGUCGUAAUGGUGGUAGUGAAGAGUGGGUCAAUUGAGGAUACUUGAUUCUCUACCAGCGACUCUGGGUACACUGGGGUCACUCUCCUUCCGCAUACUGGAACAGUCAUGAAAAGGUCGCGCUGGCGUACCCCAAUUCACACAGGACGUGUAUGUGGUGCUACGGCGAGACAAGUCUAAUCUAAAAUCCUGAUGUGCGGGUUGUAGCACUAGAAACCUCUGACCUUCGACUUCUACGGUGGACUACCUAUGGCGCGUCACCAUCAUCUGAGG